ACAGUAUAAAUAUAUUUUGAAUUGUUCGAAACUUUUUUUACAGAUAAAAAAAUGUACGCAGUAAAUAUUUUUUUAUUUUUCACGAUUUUAUUUUUAUUAGGAGUUUCUUGCGAAAAUGAGAAACCUUCGGUUCAAAUAUCAACCGGUAUUAUACGAGGUUUCUUAGAUACCACAAAAACUGGUAAAGUUUAUGCUGCUUUUGAAGGAAUUCCUUACGCAAAACCACCAAUUGGAAAUUUAAGAUUUCAGCCACCAGAAAAGAUCUCAAACUGGACUGAUAUUUUAGAAGCUAAUAAAAAAUAUGUGUGUCGUUAUUUCCUACCAAAUGCGCCUCAUUUAGAACUCGAUGGACUUGAAAUUACUGAAGACUGCUUGCGGCUUAAUGUUUACGUGCCAAAUAAAAACCCAUCCGAAGAAGACAAUUAUUCCGUUGUUGUUCACAUUCACGGUGGUGGUUUUAUGAUAGGCCAUCCUCAUACUCUUUACGGACCAAAAUUUUUAAUGGACGAAAAUGUAAUUUUUGUAUCAAUAAAUUAUAGAUUAGGACCCUUAGGAUUCUUAAGCACCCAAGACGAUGUGAUUCCUGGCAAUAACGGAAUGAAAGAUCAAAGUAUGGCUUUAAAAUUUAUACAAGAAAACAUAAAGAAAUUUGGUGGAAACCCAAACUCUGUACUUAUAACCGGAUUAUCAGCUGGAGGAGCAAGCGUUCAUUUACAUUAUUUUUCGCCGCUAUCAACUGGAUUAUUUCAAAAAGGCUAUUCAGCAAGUGGUACGGUUUUAGACCCAUGGGUUCUACAGGAGGAGGGAUUUCAAAAAGCGAAACGUCUAGCUAAUUUAGUAGGAUGCAAAAGUGAAAAUUCAAAAGAAAUAUUAGAUUGUGUUCGUGACGUUAGUUAUGAGAAGCUAUUUGAGGCUACCCAAACGUUUUUAGUUCACGAUAUGCCUUUUUCCCCAUUUGCACCAAUUAUUGAGCAUCAUCAUCCAGGUGCUUUCCUUGAUAAACAUCCUUAUGAAUUAUUACUUCAAGGAAAAGUACAAGAUUUACCUUGGUUGGUUGGAUUUAGCAGGGAAGAUGGAAUUUUUCCAGCUGGAGUUUAUUAUCAUGAUAUGGAUAUGGUUAAUGAAGACUGGUUAAAUUUUGCACCACAUUUUCUUGAUUACAAUUUCACAGCUCCUUAUCAGCAAAAAGAUUUAAUUUCAACCAAAAUAAAAGAAAAAUAUUCUAAUGGAAAAUCCAUUACUUACCAUGACUUAAUAAAAAUAUCUGGCGAUAGACAUUUUUUUAGGGGAUCUGAAAAUUCUAUACAUCUUCAAAAUGACGUUACAUCUUCUCCUAUUUACAUGGUUAUGUUUGCUUAUAGAGGACAAUAUUCUUAUGAAUUAUUAUUUGGAGUACCUGACACAGAAAGAGGGGUCUCUCAUGGAGAUGACACGAUUUAUUAUACCAGUACCACUGUUUUUGGAGACUUUAAUGAGGAGGAUGAGAAAGUUAGGAGUGUUUUUACAAAAAUGAUUGCGUCUUUUGCUAAAACUUCUGCUCCACAUGUUGAUGGGGUUGAAUGGAAAUCUAUUCACGGAGAUAAAAUUGAUUAUUUGUAUUUUGAUGGAGAUGAGGAUUUAAAAAUGAAACAUGGGAAAGAUUUUGGGUCAAUUGAUUUCUGGAAAAGUUUAGAAUUGAAUGAAUUACCAUGA